AUGGCCGUCGACUUCGGAGACCCCAGGAGCGGUUUCCGCCACAGCGAGGUGGUGGUGUUUAUCAACGAAGAGGUGCUCAGUAAUGGUGGUAGCCCAGACUUCUACCUGACCUUCCGUUCAUGGCCCUGGAACGAGGUGGAAGACAACCUGCAGUCCGUCGUGGCCGACCCUCAGGUGCCGCGCGCCUGGAGUGCCCUGGCCCUUGGGGUGCGAGUGGCCGCGAGGCAGCGGGAGCAGCAGGCGCGACGGGUCCGGCGGCUGAGCGGGCAGGUGGAGGAGUGCGAGGGAGCCGCCUGGGCUCUGGCCUCGGAACUGCAGCGGCUGCGCGAGGAGAGGGACGACGUGGUUUCUCAGUUGCAUAGCGCCAGAGAUGACCUGAAACAAGCGCUGGGGGAGCGCGAUGCCCUGCGUGAGAGGCUGAUCCAGUUCGAGCUGUCCCAGGAAGUCGCUCCUGAGUCGCCAGAUGAGCAACACAGGAUUGGGGCAUGGCCUGUGGAUGCAGGGGGACGGAGAGAGGCGCUUGCCACAGGGUCGCAGGGUACGCAGGAUGUGGAGUCUGAGGCCCAGAUGGCAUCCCCAACAGCUCCAGGAACUUUGGGUGAAGCUGAAGAAGCUCUGGCUCCCAGUGUGUGA